AUGCCACAUUUACGCAGUUAUCAUGAAUUCAUUGAUUUACCCAUCAUUUUCUAUAAAACAAUAGGCGAAGAGAUUUAUGCGCAUCGUUCCACCAAUAAACAACUAAGCUUGCUGUACGUGAUUUACUUUUAUGUUGGUUUCAUCAACUUCAAUCUCUUGUCAUUAGCUGAAGGUGUGUACUUCGUAAAUGGAUUAAAAGAUCCAGCAACACAAAUGGUUGCCUUUGGCGUUGCACCUUGCAUCGGCUUCUCGUUCAUGGUGGACUUCAAGCAAGGAGCACUGGCGGUGCAUAAAAAGAUACUUCGCAAACUUUUGGAUGAACUGGAAGCCAUAUUUCCUUCAACUACAGCGAAGCAAGAGGAGUACAAAUUACAUUAUCAUGAACGACUCAUGCGGCGUAUAAUGAUUGUUUUUUCCAUGCUGUGUCUGGCGUACACGUCCACUUUCAGUUUUUAUCCGCUUUUCAAGUCCGUUGUAAGGUACAUACUAGGCAUGGGCUUCGAGCGAAAAUUGGGCUUCUACACGUGGUAUCCGUUUAAUACAACCGAAGAUCUAACCAUUUUUUGGUUGACAUACUUGACGCAAAUUCAUGGCGCCUACUUGGCUGGUGCGGCCUUUCUCUCACUUGAUUUAUUGCUUAUUGCAUCUGUUACGCAGCUGUGUAUGCACUUCGACAACAUAUCAAAAUGUUUGGAAGAGUUUGUGGGUGCUGGCAAAAGCGAUAAUGAGCACAUAAAGUUUUUGCAGGAAAUUGUACAACGGCAUGCCAAGUGCUUGGAGUUAACCGAACAAGUUAAUAGCAUUUUCAAUUUCUCGUUGCUGUUGAAUUUUCUUACUGCAUCUCUGACAAUUUGCUUUAUUGGCUUUCAAUUGACCAAUUCCACUUGGGAGGAUAUUUUCAAAUAUGUGAUAUUUUUGAGUGCAUCACUGUUACAAGUUUUCGUUGUGUGCUAUUGUGGAGAUGGAUUGAUAUCCUCGAGUCAACGUGUCGGCGAUGCUGCUUAUAAUCAAGACUGGGUUAAUUGCAGUGUCAAAUAUAAACGUAUGCUAGUCUAUCUCAUUGAACGGAGUCAAAAACCAGCCUCCAUACGUGCACCAACUUUUCCACCUAUAUCCUUUAAUACGUAUAUGAAGGUUAUAAGUAUGUCGUACCAAUUCUUCGCCUUGUUGAGGACAACUUAUGGUAAUUAGUUAUUCUUUGGAAUAAGUCUAAAUGAUCUAUGUCGAAACAAAUGUUAUCAAAAU